CUCCAUUCCGGCACCCCCAAAGCGAGGGGAGCGUUCCCUGCUCCCCCCAGAGCUCCCACGGCUCCCCCCGGAGCCCCUCUCCUGCUGGGAACCCCAUGGAGGACGAGCCCGGAAUCGUGUCGCCGUUCAAGCGAGUGUUCCUGAAGGGGGAGAAGGGCCGGGAUAAGAAGGCUCAGGAGAAGGUGACGGAGCGGCGGCCGCUGCACACGGUGCUGGUGGCGCUUCCCGAGCGCGUGGAGCCCGACCUGCUGCUCCACGACUACAUCGAGAAGGAAGUCAAGUAUCUAGGGCAGCUCACCUCCAUCCCGGGGUACCUGAACCCCUCCAGCCGCACCGAGAUCCUGCACUUGAUCGACAACGCCAAGAGAGCCCACCAGCUCCCGGGGCAGCUGACCCCGGAGCACGACGCCGUCAUCAGCCUCUCCGCCUACAACGUCAAGCUGGUGUGGAGGGACGGCGAGGACCUGAUCCUCAGGGUGCCCAUCCACGACAUCGCCUCCGUGUCCUACAUCCGCGACGACUCCGCACACCUGGUGGUGCUCAAGACAGCUCAGGAUCCCGGCAUCUCGCCGAGCCAGAGCCUGUGUGCCGAGGGCUCCAAGGCGCUGACGUCGGGCUCGCUGUCGGAGAGCGCGGGGGGACCCCUGGAGUCCUGCUGCCUGGUGGUGCUGGCCACGGAGAGCAAGGUGGGUGCCGAGGAGCUGUGCUCCCUGCUCAGCCAAGUCUUCCAGAUCGUUUACACCGAGUCCACCAUCGACUUCCUGGACCGCGCCAUCUUCGACGGCGCCUCGACGCCCACGCGGCACCUGUCCCUGCACAGCGAUGACUCUUCCACCAAAGUGGACGUGAAGGAGCCCUUCGAGGCGGACGCCAGCACUUUUUCCUUUGCAGACACGCUGGAGGCGGGGGACGCGUCCCCGUCCUCCUCGGCGCGCCCGUCCCCGCACGUGACCACGGCCAGCGAGAGCGAGCUCAGCACCACGGCCACCGAGCUGCUCCAGGACUACAUGAUGACGCUCCGCACCAAGCUGUCCUCGCAGGAGAUCCAGCAGUUUGCCAUGCUGCUGCACGAGUACCGCAACGGGGCCUCCAUCCACGAGUUCUGCAUCAACCUCAAGCAGCUCUACGGGGACAGCAGGAAAUUCCUGCUCCUGGGCCUGCGGCCCUUCAUCCCCGAGAAGGACAGCCAGCACUUCGAGAACUUCCUGGAGACCAUCGGGGUGAAGGACGGCCGCGGCAUCAUCACCGACAGCUUCGGCCGCUACCGGCGCUCGCUGGGCGCCGCCUCCGCCUCCAACGGCACCGGCGCCGCCGGCAGCUCCGACGAGCAGUCGGUGCCCUCGGAGGAGGACGAGUGGGACCGCAUGAUCUCCCACAUCAGCAGCGACAUCGAGGCCCUGGGCUGCAGCCUGGACCGGGACUCGUCCUGAGGGAGCCCCGGAAUCGCCGCCGCUCCCGCCCGGAGCUCGGGGGGACCCCGGGACACGGAGUCACCCCGGGGGGAGCGUGGGGUGCCCCCCGUGGGGACACGGAGCGUGGAGCCGAUCCCAGAGCGGGGUCCUGGGACGUGGAGCUGCCCCAGAGGGAGCCCAGAACAGGGAGCUGCCCUCGGGGGGGUGGCAGGACACGGAACACGGAGCCACCCCUGGGGCUGCCCAGGAGCACCGAGCUGUGCCCUCACGGAGAUCCUGGGACACGGAGCCGCCCUGGGAGCGAUCCCAGCCCUGGGAUCUGCUGUGGGAUCGGGGAUCCCGGCCCUGGGAUCUGCUGUGGGAUCGGGGGGCUCCAGCAGGAUGCCUGCACUGUCCCAGCCUCACCCACAGCUCCAGGGGCUCCAGCUGGGGCCUGGGGGACACACCUGGAUUUUGGGGACAGAUCUGCUCCCGAGGGCUGUCCUGGCUGUUGGGAUCUGUUCCCAAGGGGCUGGAUCUGCUCUCCCCACCCCCAGUUUACAGUUUGCACAGCGGGUCCCCCAGAACUGCCCCCCCCCCCCA